GAGUGCUGUUGGAGGUCACAGACGGGCAGUGAUUCACGUCUUGUAUUUAAUAUCUCUUUAAUAUGAAGUGUCCGUGUAAUUCAUUAGUGACUUUUGAUCAGUUUGGACAAAUACAGGCACAUUUGAUAUGGCACUGCCUUGUUGGAGGUAGAAACCACGUCCAGAAAUAGUUACAAGGAGGGAGAAUAACCCUAGCAACAACGACAGGCGUCUGAUAGUUAUGAUCCCGAUUUCAAUGGCGGAUUUGGGGCUGAUACCAGUGUAACUUACCGUGUAUACAGUAAACCAUUGCAGACAACAUGCAUCCCAAGCCGGUAAAGUCCAAGGUGGUGGCCUCCCGACUUCUGGCCAAGAAGUCAAACGCCAUGAAGGAGAUCGAAGAGUGGGUCAUGAAAGACGUUUCACUUAACGACGCUGCUUCAAGGAUCGGUAAACUACCAGAAAACGUCACUGAAGAGCGAAUGUUUAAAUCUAGACUUUUUGAUAUUGGAAAGGAAAGGUACAAAUACUUGAGUAAGAAUGCUUACGAAAUGAGGAUGUUUUCAGACAAAUACAAGAAAAAGAUGGCACUAGCGCGUCAACAGCUACAGUCACAUCAUAGAAGUCUGUCAGCGAAUGACGUAGCACGUCCAGCCAAAUCAGAAAUCGACAAAGCCAGACUCAGUCUGGAUCCCCGGAUGUUACGCCGGACACAGGACACAAGUCACGACAUUGAGGACGGGACAACGCCCACGUUGACAAGGUCCAAAACAGUAUCGUUCGUACCAACAUCUUUACACAAACAACAUUCAGACCUUACACAGCCCCGGACCAGUACACCAGCACGCGCCAACAGUCAACAGGCCUUAUUUAAGGCACUUAGAGAGAAAUCUCAGUUUAAUUCAAGGCCACUCUCACGUGGGGCGUCCUUUAAUCAAACGCCACGAUCGGACGAUGAUUCUUCCAGUAAAUCGUGGGUUAAACGGAACAAAUUUUCAAAAUAUGGCGGCAACGUUCCUGGAGUGACUGCCGACCCCCGGUACGCUCAGUUGGAGGGAUCCCUGUCGCCUUUCUAUCAGGGGAAGCCUGGCUCACCAGAAUCCACUCCUGACGUCAAACAAAUCGUCAACAGUAUCGGAUCGCUGCAUAAACCAUCGAGGAACAUUAAAGAAGUUAGACCCAAACUCACGCUGAAGUUACAGGCAUUCAUGAAAGAACGGGGAAUAGUGUUUUAGUGUAUACUGUGGUCUGACGUUAUCCCUAACUAAACCCGGGAUGAAUUGUUAGUAAUGUGCUAAGGCUAGUGGUAUAUCGUUCCCUUAUUGUACUUCAUGAAGCACCACUUGGGUAUUCACUAUCGCCUGGCGUUAAGGAUCCUUCUACCAGGACCCUGCAAGGAAACAAUAGAGAAUGUACUAUAUACGGUAACCUCCCCUUAUUUUCAUUUCAGCUUUAACUCUAGCCCGACGUAAACCGAUACUUCUGUUGACCAUAUAGCUCAGUAGAACAUCGUUACAAUAUAAUGAUCAGAAUCCGGGACUCGAACCCUUGUCCGGAUCCAGUGUGUGUUUAACACUCUAAACACAGUUAUUUGAUCUUUUUAAGUUUAAAGAGAAAUGAUUCAUCAAAGCUGUAGCCAUCCCGAAAAAGUUCGAAGCACGAGUUCAGUUUUUCGGUACAAGGAUCCUUAACAUUUUUUUAUAGUGUUAAAGUGCUAUUCUGGACUAGGAACGAACGUGGAUUAUAUUCAUUUGUCAUGCCCAAAUAUAGUUAUCGUGACAAAUUUCCGGGUGAUUGGAAUAGUUUAUUUAAUUAACUAUAAACGUGAUUUUUUCUAGACUCUGCUUACACAGUAGGGAGUCAUGGAAUGGACAACUGUGCGGACGGUGGGACGUACGGAAAUACUUUGGAUUUAGCAGUUACCUCCCUUGGUAUUACUAGAGAGAUUGAAUGUGCAACACUAUCCUACAGAUACCAUAGUUGUGAUUAAAUUAUCAUUCCGGAUUUGUACAUAUGUUGAUCGCCAUGGAUACUGUAGGCAAGUUGAGUCCGUUGAUGAAGCGAAAAUAAGAACUAUAAAUAGAA